GGAGUGGGGGCGUGGUGUGUGAGCAUUCGAAAUGGAACCACCGGCAGGCGGUCAGGUGUGUGACAGUCUUCGGCGUCUGUUUAUCGAGCGUAUACCGUUGGGACGUCCUUAGCCAAUGAACAGGCAGCCAUGUAGCAUCAUCUGCUGUUGUCAGCUUACGCUCCGCCAGACCUCGGGCGAGAAGGACCGGGCCGGCGUGGAUCCCAUACAUCCCCGGUUGCUUUGAUCAAUUUUCACGCCCCGGACACACAGGAUGGCUGAGCAAAUAUUGGCACACUCCAUGCCGCGGUGUAUUGAAAUGUUGCGCCCACCCACCCGGUGCUGUCCCGGUGUUUGACUACUUCAGGCACACGCACCUGGCAUCCGCGUGUCAUCUGAUUUGCCGGCAGAGGAGCUGAUAGGGCGUUUGUCCUGCUCUUAACAUUAUUUACCCAACAACGCGCCUUCGCUCUCUUUUCACCUACCUACCUACCUGUUUGAUUGUUGGCCACGCUACCCAGGUUGCUGUAUCGUGUCACACCGGAAAGGAUAAUGCGCCGCAAAAGAGCAGCCGAACAGUCGAGCCGAGGCGACAAAGUACCGCGAACCAUCGGCGUGAUCGGAUUUCAACAAACGGCAACAAUCAAUAUUGGUGGACCGUGAAGCAAACAGCAGCGGGAACUUAGUGUAAGUGCGCCGGUGGAAAACCGACCAAAACAAGCGAAGCGUCGUUUGUUGCGCAGUUAAGGGGAAUGCUGAUGAAGCUGAUUUGCCAUUGGAAGGAAUAGCACAGAGGGGAAAAAGAAAACAAUGCAGAAAUACAUCAGCGUCAAACACGCGCCAGAUAUAGCGGAGCAUCAUAAAUGUAGCAAUAAUAGUUGUUAUCAAGAGAAGUAGCCGAUUCGUAAGUCUGAAGCAAAAGAGGGAUGGGAGAUCAUCGUCAUCAUCGGUGCAUAGAAUAGAUAGAUGUCAUUAGAUGGUUCAAUAUACACGAAGAGACGCUUAACAGGGGGUACCAUAUUGUGUGGCUGAGAUGUUAUAUCAAACAGAGUGCAUGUUAAUUGAUGUUAAAGAUUGCUUAGUCUUAGCCAGGGACGCGUGGGUCGCGUCGCCGGAAAGCAGUAUCCGUUGGAAUGGCGAAUAGAGUAGCUUAGUCGAUAUUGGUUGUUCUAGUGAAUUCAGAGACCGUCUCUACAAUAUAGUUCAUUGCGUAAGGGCAGAAGGGUGACCGUGUAUGUUGAUUAGGCGCCUUUGGAGAGUUUAUCGAUUUCUUGUUCUAAAGAAACUAAUGAUUACGUUAAUCGAUUUCUGUUCGAUUGACUGUACCGCCUACUAGAGUAGAGGCACUCGGUAGGUGACUAGCGCCACCAUAAAAAAUCGCGUAGUGCCCUAGCAGCAAGCAGUGAAGUGGUUUUCUUCGUUGCCAUGGCGCACUCACCACCACUUAUGCACUCUCUUCUUUUUUUGAGACCGUGUUAUCCCGUACAUCAUCUAACUGACAAUCCGGUGCAUAUGGGGAAGACGUACUGCAGGUUUAAUGUCUAGCAACUCGUCUAGCUAUGGUGGAACUACAAGAAAACAGUGAACGGAUCGUGUAUUAGGUGUGCACCGUAUGUAGGGUGUCCCAUUGUAGGUGUGUGAGGCAUGUUGUUGGAAGUUACGAACACAGAGCAUAUUUAUCAGACUUGCCAGACGAUUCAAAGGGUGCCCAGCUAGUACGAUGGUGGUUCCAAUGCAUGUAGACUUUCGAGAGAGAGAAGUGGCGAACCCUUUAUCAGGCGCUGGUUUGUACGAAUUGGCGAUUAUACGUGUUCGAAGGCAGUAGUAACAUUUCAGUGAGAAAAUAAAAUCAUAGAAUAAGACAGCCAGACGGGUACGAUUCAUCAUUCCAACUGAAUGGUGAAUAUCAUUAGCGUGUAAACUAUUGCGUUUAGUUGAUAGAUAAAACGAGGACGAGCGAGAGUUUCGCUGUAAUAGUGGUGUGUGCUUAGAAGGGUCAAUGCCAUGAGCUACCCUUACUGCUAACAGUGUUGGUGUACAUCUGUACAGAGCGGUAUGUUUCCAUAUCCCAACUCACAUUCCUACACUCACCGUAGAGGCAAUGGGCUGGCGAGAUGCAACGCUGAUGCACGGUAAUCAUUACGCAAACGUUUGUGUCGCUGUUUGGUGUUAAUGUGUAGUGUGAACGACGCCGGCCAGUGUAGCGAAUGGCAGCUUUUGGAAUUAUUUUAGAAGCUUUUUGGAACCAAUCUUUGAGCCUAGUUUGAGUCAAACUGUCUGACCUGACGCCUAACAUAACCACAGAGCGAGUGGCAGCCAGCAGCAAACUGAACCGAUGUUACCGAUGAUUGAUGUUCGAAGGGGAUCCCAUAGCCUAGCGAGCAGCACGGGAGAGCGAGAGAGAGAUGUAGGUGUCUUGCGGAAACCCCUAUACUGAGCGUGCAGUGUAAGUGCCGUGUAUGAGCCGUUAAUAAAGACUGUCGAAAAUAGAGCAAAAU